GUUUUGUUUUCAUCGCUCUGUGCCUGACUUUAGAUUUCCGUAAACACAACUGGCUAACUUUUUUUGCAUCAUCCAUCAUCAUCUUGCUCAGAGCUCAGGGUUAGGAGGUGUGGACUAACGCGAUCGAUUCCCAAAUCUCACUGAUCAUAGCGUCUUUCCCACCUGUAUUAAACUACCGCCAUUCCCUUUUCUUCUUCAUUACAAAUCUCUCUCUCCCUCUCUCUCUGUGCGUAUAUUCUGAUUCAGAAAAGUACCCAGAAAGAAAAUAAGUCCAAGUUGUGUUUUUUAAUUUUUGGGGUUUGUGUAGAUUUGCUAGAGAUUAAGCACAAAAUUGUUUUCCCCCCUUAUUUGUUUUGAUUUUUUGAGUCGCGGGAAGAAAAUGGAUAAGAAAAAGGUUGUUGUCCCACUUGUAUGCCAUGGCCAUUCACGUCCUGUUGUGGAUCUCUUUUACAGUCCUGUCACCCCAGAUGGUUUUUUUCUUAUCAGUGCCAGCAAAGAUUCCAGUCCCAUGCUGAGGAAUGGAGAAACUGGAGAUUGGAUAGGAACAUUUGAAGGACACAAGGGUGCAGUGUGGAGUGUUUGCUUGGACACAAACGCUUUGCGUGCUGCUUCUGCUUCUGCUGACUUUUCUGCGAAAGUGUGGGAUGCACUAACUGGUGAUGUCUUGCACUCAUUUGAGCACAAGCAUAUAGUUCGAGCCUGUGCUUUUUCAGAGGAUACGCACCUUCUAUUAACUGGGGGAGUGGAGAAAGUCCUCCGUAUUUAUGAUUUGAAUCGUCCGGAUGUGCCUCCAAGAGAAGUGGACAAAUCACCUGGUUCAGUCAGAACCGUUACUUGGAUGCAUAGUGAUCAGACAAUAUUAAGUUCUUGCACGGAUAUGGGGGGUGUCAGAUUAUGGGAUGUAAGGAGUGGUAAAAUAGUUCAAACGCUAGAAACCAAGUCAUCUGUGACCAGUGCGGAAGUGAGUCAAGAUGGUCGAUAUAUCACAACUGCUGAUGGAUCUACUGUUAAGUUCUGGGAUGCGAACCACUAUGGGUUGGUCAAAACCUACAACAUGCCAUGCACGGUUGAGUCAGCUUCACUGGAACCCAAAUAUGGAAAUAAGUUUGUUGCUGGAGGAGAAGAUAUGUGGGUUCGCGUUUUUGAUUUCCAUACUGGAGAUGAAAUAGCAUGCAACAAGGGUCACCAUGGUCCUGUACAUUGCGUACGUUUCUCACCUGGAGGGGAAUCGUAUGCCUCAGGAUCCGAGGAUGGAACGAUUAGAAUAUGGAUGACAGGCCCUUUGACUCACGAUGACACUGAACCGAUCGCAGCCAAUGGGUCGGUUAGGAAGGUGAAGGUUGCUGCAGAAGACGUUUCGAGGAAGAUUGAGGGCUUCCAUAUUGCAGAAGAGAGUUAGACCAAAGAGAAAGAAACGUGGAAGGAAUAAUAAGUAACGAGGGUGAUGAUUUCUUCCUUUAUCUUAUCAGUCGAUGCAUGACCGCAUUUAUCCAAGUUAUUGAAAAUAGUUUUUCUUGUCAGAGAUAGAGACUAGACAAAGCUGUAGUUUUUGUAUUGUCUAUAUAGUCUUCAUGCAUUUAGCAUAUGUAGACGAAGACCAAUGGUUUUAUAAAAAGAUAUAAUAAUGGCACCGGUAGUAUUCUGGUGCGCUUUAAUUAA